CUUGGACCAUCCAGGGCUGACUGACGGAUUCCACGAAACCAGAAAACCCCCACAUUAAAGAGCAAAACCUGAGAAUAUACAGGAAACUUGACACUGCCGGCUGCCCUGCAACGUCCUAAUGAAAGGAGAGAAAGAGAUCACGACCAAGAUGGACCCUUCUAACGGGCUGAACCGGCCGCUGGAGAUUGUCCCGCACACAGAGGUGAAAAUGAAGGACAGAGGACAGUGGAGCAACAAGCUGGAGUUUGUCCUGUCGGUGGCCGGAGAGAUCAUUGGACUGGGAAACGUGUGGCGCUUCCCGUAUCUCUGCUACAAGAACGGUGGAGGUGCAUUUUUCAUCCCCUACCUGAUCUUCCUCUUCACCUGCGGUAUUCCCGUGUUUUUCCUGGAGAUUUCUCUGGGUCAGUACACCAGCGAGGGAGGAAUCACAUGCUGGAGGAAGAUCAGCCCGCUGUUUGAAGGUAUCGGUUACGCCACUCAGGUCAUCGUGGCUCUGCUCAACUUCUACUAUAUAAUAGUUUUGGCCUGGGGAAUAUUUUACCUGUCCUUCUCCUUCUCCUGGAACCUGCCGUGGGCCUCCUGCAACAACACCUGGAACACAGAUGCCUGCGUGGAAUUCCAAAGACAAAAUGAAUCCAUUGACCAAAGUUACCUUGAAAACGCAACAUCGCCCGUAAUUGAGUUUUGGGAACGCAGAGUUUUGCGGAUCUCGUCUGGGAUUGAGGAGAUGGGAACGCUGCACUGGGAUCUGGUCCUCUGUCUGUUGUUGGCCUGGGUUCUCUGCUAUUUCUGCAUCUGGAAAGGCGUCAAAUCCACCGGCAAGGUGGUGUACGUCACUGCGACCUUCCCGUAUGUGAUGCUGUUGAUUUUACUGAUCAGAGGGGUCACGCUGCCGGGAGCGUCCCGUGGGAUCCAGUUCUAUCUUUAUCCUGACUUGGGACGGUUAGCGGACCCGCAGGGUGGAAUGUAUGUCUUCCAGCUGUUUGAUUACUACGCAGCCAGUGGGAUGUGUUUGCUAUUCGUAGCUGUUUUUGAGACCGUCUGCAUCGCUUGGAUAUACGGUGCUAAUCGGUUUUAUGACAAUAUUGAGGACAUGAUUGGUUACUGGGGUGCUGGUACGUUUGCGUUCUCCCUGAUCAAAUACACUCCUCUGAAGUAUAAUAACGAGUAUGUGUACCCGUGGUGGGGUUACGCUCUCGGCUGGCUGCUGGCGCUCUCCUCUAUGAUUUGCAUCCCGCUGUGGGUUGUUUCUAAAGUGAGCAUGGCCAAAGGUUCACUGAGAGAGCGUUUCCACGAGCUCAUCACGCCCUCACCGGACCUCCCCAAAACCAGACGAGAGCAGGAGAAACUUCAGGCCAUCUUUGCAGCCGACGGCGACACUCUUCGCCAGCGAGGCGGUCCGACCAAAGACGGGUACUUCCCUGUCAGCGAGAAGGAGUCGCACUGUUAGCCCAGCCGUCCCGUGAUGGACCACUGUAUGUUUCCCCGAGGGUGGUGCUUCUAAACCUUCCCAUGAUACCUCACACAGUACUGGCAGCCAAAUAAGCAUUACGACAGACACGCCAGGGUGACGCUCCAGCUCUCCUCGGUCUGAGAGGGGAUUCUCUCUAUUCUCAUUGACCAGAGCACACAAAAACACAGUUUGUGUCAAUAUUAUAGACAGCAGAAUGUCACAAUGUAAUUUUAAACGUGAUAUUGGAGAGAAAGCUUAGGGUUAGCUAGCGUUACUUCUAAUUUAUGUCUUAACUAAGCCACAAAAGUGUCCCAUGCACGGUCAAAUUUAAUUGGAUACACAUUAUAGGCAAGACUCUAAGGCAAAAACAUUUUUCAUGCACUGGUCAAUAUUGAGAUUUUGGGCUGUCUGGCUUUCUAUAAUAUGUUUCUGAUUAAUGAAAAGAAAACAUCUAAAAUACACUUUGAAGUUUUUAUUACACUUUAUCUAUUUGCAUCUGAGGAUUUAAAUUACAAUACAUCUUUUUUUGAGGCCAUUUUCUCGAAAUGAGAUUUUUCUCCACUUGCAGUAAGUAGUACGUACUUACACCAAACUUAAACGUUUUAUUCAUAUUUAUAUUCUGAA